AUGAAUUUAAUCCCUAACGAGCGUCAGGCUAUAGAGCAGUUAAGAGAGGUCAGUGAAUUAGAACCCACUUUAUUGAAUUGGGGGAGAGAAAUACGACUCUUCAAUAGGAAUUCCAAUAAAAAGCGAAAGUCUUCUACUAGAGAUGGAGAACAUAGAUAUCAUCGUUUACCUCAAUUGAAUAAGAUUCCUCUUAAAAUACCACUUCAAGAAAUCUCAUUAAAUAAAGAAUAUUCUACUCCUAAUUAUUCAUAAUUACCUCCCUUAAUCAAACCUGUUAAACCUCAUACUGCAAAACCUAAUUAUAAUGGCAUUGUUCUUGGUGUUAACUUUGCACACUUUGAAAAGCGUAUAUUAAGUAAAAUCAAUUAAGCAUGA